CUAUCAUCUCUUUUGUCUGACUCUUAAACUAUGAAAUUCUGAAAACUCAUUGCCGCCUCCGCGCCUCCGUCCUCCGUCAUCAGCCACCACCCCGUGGCUUUCUUCUGUGCCGCCGCCGCCGCCACCACCGUUCACCGAGCUCCUCUCUAUCUAAGGUUAUUGACGUUUUCAGUCUUGUCACAAAUUGGUUUGGUUCGUUUUUCUUUUUCUCGAACGAUCCGAACAUACAGAGUACUACAGAGAGCUGCCACAUUGGGAUUGCAAAGGCUUACAUUGCAGCUGCAUAUUACUUGUUUUGAAUUUCUGGCGAACGUAGAGGAAGCCCCCCAUCUUGGCAGGGUAUGAGUCAUUUGCAGUUGUGAUUUAGGCUUUGGAAAUGAUUUAGUCAUGUGCAUUCUAGUCUUCGUCCGGCAGUUCUCAAUCACUUUUUGGUGCAUCCCUACAUUUUAUGGAAGAAAUUGUAAUGCCACCUUUAUAGAUUUAUUGAAUCUAGGCACUCUGGAGAAAUUCAGUUGUGCAGCAGAUUGACAGACUUAUCUAUUUAAAUAUGCCUUCUGAGACUUAGUUUUUUUUUCCUUUCUUCUAUUGUUUUCAAACAGAUCUUUCUCUCGUCACCAGCAGGACUGUUUCAUUGUCGUGGUUUUGAUAUUUUAAGUGGUAUAAACAAGAUGUUGUCUGGUAAAGUUUUUCCUCAGUCCUCCCUCAUACCAAAAGUCUCCGUACUUCCUAAUGCCAACCCCAUCCCAGUAAGUUUUGUAACUGUAAAAGAAUGGAGGAUUAGAGGGAAAAACGAUCGUUGGCAUAAUGUUUCAAGCUCAUGCCUCAAGAGUUCCCUAGAAUCAAUAGUGACCCCAGAAUCUCAUCCUGUCUUGGCACAAAACAGGGUCAAUAUUCUUUCUGAAGCUCUACCCUUCAUACAAAAGUUUCGUGGCAAGACAAUUGUUGUUAAAUACGGAGGCGCAGCUAUGAAGUCUGAGGCCCUUCAGGCUUCUGUUAUUUCUGAUUUGGUCCUACUUUCGUGUGUUGGUCUUCGUAUCAUUUUUGUUCAUGGUGGGGGUCCCGAAAUCAAUCAGUUGCUUGGUCGAUUGGGGCUCAAACCAAACUUUGUCAAUGGACUUCGAGUGACUGAUGCCGCAACCAUGGAAGUGGUCUCAAUGGUCUUAGUAGGGAAAGUAAACAAGCAUCUUGUUGCGUUGAUCAACAAGGCUGGGGCUACUGCAGUUGGGCUAUGUGGGAUUGAUGGCCAUCUUCUCACUGCGAGGCCUUCUCCAAAUUCUGAUCAACUCGGUUUCGUUGGUGAUAUUGCUAGUGUGGACCCCUCAAUACUAAGACCACUCAUUGACAAUAACCAUAUACCAGUGAUUGCCUCUGUUGCUGCAGAUAAAACUGGUCAACCAUACAACAUCAAUGCUGACACAGCAGCAGGUGAAUUGGCCGCAGCCUUGUCAGCAGAGAAGUUGAUACUUUUAACUGAUGUAGCUGGGAUUUUGGAGGAUCGGGAUGACCCUAGUAGUUUGGUGAAGGAAAUAGAUAUCAAAGGUGUGAAGCGGAUGAUGGAUGAUGGGAAGAUUGCUGGUGGUAUGAUCCCAAAAGUAAAUUGCUGUGUGAGAUCCCUGGCUCAAGGUGUUAGAACUGCAAGUAUAAUCGAUGGACGACUUCAACACUCGCUGCUCCUUGAGAUUCUUACUGAUCAAGGAGCUGGAACGAUGAUUACAGGGUAGUUUCAAAGAUAUUUAAACUCAAGGGAGAAAUCGAAACAUUCUCAAAGGGAGUGCAGCAAAAAGAAACUGUAGAAUGAGUUGGACCUGAACUCAGAAGUCUCGAACCAUGAAGUUGGCUUUAGAUGUAGAUUUACAGGUCAGUUUGGUGGAGGUUUUGUUUCAAGUAUUUUAGUAGAAUUUUCACUUCUUUUCAUCAUUAUGGUUUUGAUCUUUAUAUAUUUCGUAUCCUUGUCGGUGUAUGCGUACUUUGACAUCACUAAUUCAGUUUCCUUGUAAGAAUUCAGAAAUUGUCUUAGAUAUAGCCAAGUUCAGUGAGAUGAUCAAUUAUGCAUUUUAACUUCUUUUUUUUUUUUUCCCCCCACUUGUUCCGUUCUUGAAAAAUAGUUUGCUUUGUUGCACUCAUUCUGUUUCAUUCAAUUAAUUUGUAGUACUAUUUUCC